AUGAGAGAAAAGCAUGGUAGCAUGUCUAGUGUCCAAUCAGAUUUGAGUACAAUGUGUGAAGUGAUAAUUAUGUAUGGUGUGCCUGAUGCUAUUAAUGGAGCUAUUGUUUUGUCUCGUAGCAAUAUAUCAUCGACUACUUAUUACUAUGGAACAAUUAGAGUCUAUCAUAAUGGAUGGGGUAACAUAUGUGAUGACUACUAUUAUAAUUCAGCUGAAGCUAAUGUCAUUUGUCAUCAGUUAAUGGGAUAUACUGGAGCUUCAAGCUACUCUAGAGCUGGUCGUGUCAGUUAUGGUACAGACUAUCUUUUUAUGAAAUGGGAUGAUGUUAACUGUGCCAGUAGCAGCUAUUUAUCUAUUGCUCAAUGUACCUACUCUACUUACAUUGACAGUGGUUGUGUUAACAGUAACAGUUAUGAUGCUACUGUAUACUGCUAUACUACAAGAAUUUGGAACAGUAAUCUAUAUGCUGGUAUGGCAUGUCUUCAAGAUGGAGCUUAUUCUAAUGAAGGACGUGUUGAGGUUUAUUGUAAUGGACAGUGGGGGACAAUAUGCAGUGAUGGGUUUGACUCAAAUAAUGCUAACACUAUCUGCAAGCAGCUGGGAUAUGAUGCAUCAUUCAGUUUUAAUAAUUUUUCAUUGCAUGAGAAUUCUAUUAAUUCAACAGUAUGGAGUCGCUCUGUUCCUAAUUUACCCACUGAUGUAUGCUUUUCUGUAACUGGUACUUGUCCAGUUUCCUUGGUGUCAAAUUGUAAAAAUGCAGUUGCAGUCAAAUGUGGUGAAGAGUCUACGUUGACAAGACAAACUGUGACUGCUUCAACUUGCAGUCAAUACUAUUCUGAAGCUGCUGCUGGAACUAUUAUUCUAUCUCAUAAUAAUGUGUCUUCAACCACUUAUUACUAUGGAACAAUUAGAGUCUAUUAUAAUGGAUGGGGUAACAUUUGUGAUGACUACAAUUAUAAUUCAGCCGAAGCUAAUGUCAUUUGUCAUCAGUUGGGAUACACUGGAGCUUCAAGCUUCUCUAGAGCUGGAUUAACAAGUUAUGGUACAGAUUAUCUUUCUAUGAAAUGGGAUGAUGUUAACUGUGCCAGUAGCAGCUAUUUAUCUAUUGCUCAAUGUACCUACUCUACUUACAUUGACUAUGGUUGUGUUAAUAGCAACAGUUAUGAUGCUACUGUAUACUGCUAUACCACUAGAAUCUGGAACAGUAAUCUAUAUGAUGGUAUGGUACGUCUUCAAGAUGGGGAUUAUACUAAUGAAGGACGUGUUGAGGUUUAUUGUAAUGGACAAUGGGGGACAAUAUGCAGUGAUGGGUUUGACUCUACUGAUGCCAACACUAUCUGCAAGCAACUGGGAUACGAUUCAUUCUCAUUCUUCCAUCUUUCAUUUGAUUCAAAUGACAGUUUGCCUUUUUGGGCUUCUAACAUGUAUAGUACAGCAAAUGAUUUGUGUUUUAAAGAGCACAACAAUUGUCCCAACACUUCAGUGACUAGUUGCUCCUACUCUAAUAGUAUAUCACUCAAGUGCUCUGACACUUCUACACACAAUAACCUAAAUAUACAGCAAAAUACAUGUGCUAAUCUUCCUG